AUGGCUUUUUCCAGCACAUGUACAGCACAGCCGGGUGAGAGGGUUUCACCACAGGCUGUGGUCCGUGGCUCCUGUCUGCCCUGUGUUGUGAAACGCUCCUGGGGCCAUGGUGGAGUUUUCCCCGACCUGGUGAGUGCCAUCCCAGCUGGCCUCCAUGUCACCGUCGUCGUCUUCUGCGGCGUGGUGAUCGUGUUCUCGGCGGUGGCCACGGGCUUCUUCUUCUUCAAUGCCUUCGGCAGACCCUACGAGACGCUGCAAGGUCCCAUGGGCCUUUACCUGUGGACCUUCAUCAGCUCUCUGUGCAGCUGUCUUGUGAUGAUUCUCUUCGCUUCAGAAGUGAAGCUUCAUCGUCUGUCUGAGAGAAUCACCAACUUCAAAGAGGUGACCUUCGUUUUCCAGACUCACACCGAACGCUACGACCGAUGCUUCUGGCUCUUCUUCCUCAUCUUCCUCCUGCACGGCCUCAACAUGCUGCUGAUCCGCCUCGCAGGCAUCCAGUUUCCCUUCCAGGAAACUAAAGAGACCAACCUGAAUGGAGCAGCAGACCUGAUGUACUGAUGAAGCCUCUAAGAGCUGACUUGCUGAGAACAGUCACAGAAGAUCAGGAACGGUUCCUG